GCUGGGCCGCCGCGCACACGCUCUCCGCCUCCCCGCGGCGGCUCCCCCCAGGCGCGGGCCGGCGCGGAGCGGAGCGGGCAGAGGCUGGAUGGAGCCGGCGGCCGGGCGAGGGGAGGCAGCGGGCUGGCUCAGGCGGCCGGGCUGAAGGCGGCCGGGCAGGAGCGCUGAGGCGGCGGCGGAGCCAGCCCGGGCGGAGGUCAGCCACAAUGGGCUCCGUCAGAGGAGAUCACUUCAAGGACAUCAGCCCCGUGGUGACCCCCGAGGGGAACGUGGUGAUGAGCUUCAGCUUCGACAGCUACCAGCUGGAGGAGGAGGAGCUGCAGGCGAAAGGGAAUCAGGCCAAGGGAGUCCUCACCUUCAUGGAGCCAGCCUCGGAAGACCCCGAACCCCAGGAUCGAUACCAUGGGAUUUACUUUGCUAUGCUGCUAGCAGGGGUUGGAUUUCUCCUGCCGUACAACAGCUUUAUCACAGAUGUGGACUAUUUGCAUCACAAAUAUCCAGGGACCUCCAUUGUGUUUGAUAUGAGCCUCACCUACAUCCUGGUAGCCUUGGUAGCCGUCAUCUUGAACAACGCCCUGGUGGAGCUGCUGAGUUUGCACACCAGGAUCUCUGUGGGAUACCUGUUCGCUCUGGGUCCCCUUCUCUUCGUCAGUAUCUGCGAUGUCUGGUUGGAGCUCUUCACCCACAGGCAAGCGUAUGCUAUUAACCUGAUAGCCGUAGGGGUCGUGGCCUUCGGCUGCACAGUGCAGCAAUCCAGUUUCUACGGCUACACCGGGAUGCUGCCCAAGCGGUACACCCAGGGGGUGAUGACUGGCGAGAGCACCGCGGGGGUGAUCAUCUCCCUCAGCCGCAUUUUCACCAAACUCCUCCUGUCGGACGAGAAGGAGAACACCAUCAUCUUCUUCUUCAUCUCCAUCGGCAUCGAGCUCAUGUGCUUCAUUCUCCACCUGCUGGUGAAGCGCACCCAUUUUGUCCGGUACUACACCGCCUGCUCCCGGGAGGGCGCACCUGAGGGCAAAGGGGUCCCAGACCACGGCACCGGAUACAGGGUUCACCACGACGUCACUGCAGAGGACGUCAGAUUCGAAAAUCGGCCUUGUGGGCAGGUGGGCUCCCCUCCGGGCAGCCUGGGGCAUGAAACUGAGCUGGCUGGCAGCGGCACCUACGUGAGGUUUGACGUCCCUCGACCAAGAAUCAAAAGGAGCUGGCCCAGCUUCCGAGACAUGAUGCUCCAUCGCUACGUUGUCUCCAGGGUGAUCUGGGCCUACAUGCUUUCCAUAGCCAUGACCUACUUCAUCACACUGUGCCUCUUUCCUGGGCUGGAGUCGGAGAUCCGCAACUGCACUCUUGGGGAGUGGCUCCCCAUCUUAAUCAUGGCUGUCUUCAACCUCUCGGACUUUGUAGGCAAGAUCCUGGCUGCCUUGCCUUAUGACUGGAGAGGGACCCACCUUCUCAUCUACUCCUGUCUGCGAGUGAUUUUCAUUCCCCUCUUUAUAAUGUGCGUGUACCCCAGUGGGAAACCCACCUUCAACCACCCCGCUUGGCCUUGCAUCUUCUCCCUCCUCAUGGGGAUCACCAAUGGGUACUUUGGCAGCGUACCCAUGAUCCUGGCUGCUGGCAAAGUGAGCCCGGAGCAGCGGGAACUGGCAGGUAACACCAUGACUGUGUCCUAUAUGACCGGAUUGACGCUGGGCUCCGCCGUGGCCUACUUUGCCUAUAGCCUCACCAGUACGUCUCACAGUACCUGUUUCCACACUGAAACCUACAACAGCUCUUUCACGGCGGGGUACUGAGUGGGCGAUGCGGCUGAGGGUGCAGAAGCUCUGUGCCGGGACGGGGUGCAGGAGAAGGGGGCAGGUGGGUUGGGCUGGGGAGGCAAGGAGAAUGGGAAUGAUCUGUCCUGUAUUUAUUAAUCAGUUCCCACCCUCGCCAAAAUCUGAUCCCUGAAAUAUUAAUCCCCCUUCCAGGCCCCUGGCCUGAUGGACUGAAAGGAUGGAGCCGAUCCUCAGGCCUGCGAGUUGGCUACAGGCAGGGCCAAGAGGUGUUUGCAGUGAGUCAUCACUGGCUUCAGCAAUGGCACAGAAGUUUGGGGAUGACAGUGGGUGUCGCCCUGAAAUGGCCACCCCCGACUUAGCUUCCUCUCUGCUUGCUCUUGUGGGCGAGCUCAGUGCUUCUAGGCUGGCCUCAUCUCUCCCCCCAUGCCCCACCCCUGCCAGGUCCUCGCGGGGGCUGGAUUAGUGGAGCAGAACUUUACAGACGCUGGAUACCCAUUAGGGGAUAUAGUGGGUCUAGCGCAUGCCUGGUGUAACGCCACUGAAGUCCAGGGCGUUAAACCAGGGAUAAGCUUGGCUCAGGGAUUUCCCAGCCAGCUAUGGGUCUAGGCUGAGGUAUUAUCCCCUAUCGACACUUGGCUGUUCCCAGGUGACAAAUUAAAAACAAAUGUGAGGGGGCGGGUGAAUCGUGGAAGUCCAGCUGAUAUGUGCCACCGCCAUGGAGCCGUUUCUCAUGACUAGAAGGGCUCCAGCUCCUUGGGGGAUAGAGCAGUGGGGCUUGCCCAUCCGCUGCACCCCUUGCCUUAGCAUUUCACCCCACAGGGGAGAGCGGGGAGGAGACUCCUGAGGUGUAGUUUCCUGAUUUUGUACAAGGGCGUGGGGUGUCCCCACCCACCCUGACCCAGAGAGCGUGUGCACACAAAGGACAGGGUGCUGAGACUGGUGGGAAUGUGAUGGCGUUUGUGUCAGACGUUUGUGGUGGUCUUUGGCUCUGAGAUAAAAUGGACCCCUUGGCUAUACCACCUCUGCAUAUUCCCACCACCAUCCUACCGUCCAGCCUCUUGGUCGUCAGACCCGCACGCAGCCGCUUUGCAGUACACGUCACCGCCCGGCACCAUCCUGCUGCGUCAUGACUAUCACAGCUCCCCAGAGCGCUCCUGACACGUGGCAGGUGUAAACCCAAGACUGAGUGUGCGUGCCACGGAGAUGCAAAGAGGAGAUGAUGGGAAAGUGGGGAGACAUUGCAAGGUGAGGGGGCAGUGAUAGAGGGGCGGGAGAGAGAGAGAGAGAGCCUGACAGAGGGCAGGAGGAGGGGAAAAGACCUGCAGCGACAGAAAGAUGCUGCGUUAGAAUGAGACACUGUAUUGUAAUCACUGGCCAAACCCCCACUGGCCUCGAUGGGGUAGGAGUGGGGAAGGAGUUAUCAAUAGCAGGCACCACAACUGAGCUGCCCGGUGUUUGUUACUGUGGCCCUGGGAGUGUAAUGCUGUAGGGGGUGUGCCCCUUCCCAAGAGAAUGGGUCCUGAGCGGAGCGGAAUGGAACCUAGGAGCAGCUGCUCUGCUGUCCUCGGGGAUUUGUCUACACUAGCAAAUGCUGAAGUAGGGGUGGGUGACAAGCAGGCAAAAGCCCCAGUGUCCUCUCCACACUGCAGCUUCCACCACUGCCAUCACCUCUGGGGAGGGAUUGAUGGUUAUGCGGUUUGCUAGUGCAGACUGAGCCUUCUCGAAAGUUCAGUUCUUCCUUUUCCAGCCUCUCCAGUGUGAUGCUGUACUAGGAAUUCCUGCCCGUGGAGACACAGCAGCUCCACCAGUCACCCUGAAAGACCCAAGGGCUUAGCUCUCCCAUUCCCCUCUUCGGUCCAUCCCCAGAGCAGGGCACGUGCUCAGUGACCAUUCCACUCUGGUCCCCGGGACAGUGGCAGGCGUUAAGGAGGGCGGGGUGGAGAAUAGAACAAUCACUGGAGAGUAGGAUGGAGCGGCUUCUUCGGCUCAGCUAGCACAGAGCUCAUGUGGGGCCCACAUGCCCAAGUCCCACUAUUGACACCUCCCCAUAAAAGAACAUCCCAGUAACUAGAACUGCCUCUCUAUUGAAUGUGCAGAGCCCUAGAGAGAGGCCCAGAGGUUGUGCCACAAUCAAGGCUUGCUUCAGUCCUGCAUAAGCCACUAAGGUGACUUGAAAUGGGGGUAGGGUUUUUUCCCCUUGUAAAUUGCAGCUCCACGUUGCAUACUCUUGCAAGUCUCCUGGUCGUUGGCGUUUUCCAUAAGCCCCAGCGCCUGGCGUUAGAAACCUCAGCUUUAAUUCAAACAAUAUACGUUUCCAGCCCUCCUGGUUCUAGAAACAAACCUGAAUCCCCAAAUCCCUGAAGGCAAAUAAAAAGCACCCAAGUCUUACUAUAUUUUUAAAAAUCUCAUGAUUUGUAAACCUUUCUCAUGAGUUUCAGGAGCCUGAGCCGUGAGUUUUAAACGCUGAGUGGUGCUGCAGAUGUGCCCCGUCUCCUCUUUCAGUGACGUAUCACUGCGUCCAGGGGGAGCAUACUAUGUGCCACUGGUUUCUUUUAUCUGCGUGAUGAGCAUGUAUUGCACAGAGCCGCAAAGUACAGGCAUGACUGUAUCAAGUAGAGAGACCCUGGCCAGUUUUAUGAUCUUUGGACUAGAUCGUAAAGUACAUGAUAACAAAUACUGAGACGAGCUGCUUGCUCCAUAAAUUUUAUAUGUGCACGUAGCUCAUUUUGUAAUAUUUUAACUAUAUUUUAGAGGACGUCAUAUUCUUUUUUUCCUUUUUUUUUUGUAAUACAGAGCAGCUGUCUAAGCUAUUUAUGGGGAAAUCAAUAGAUUUUUCCUCAGGGGAAUCAAACCAAGCACAGGUGUGUCUGCUUGCACCUGGGUCAUCCUGCCAGUUGACUAGAAAUACCUGAUCAAUUGUCACUGGCAGUGAAACUAACAAUUAAACAAAGUCAUCCAGGCAUGGUGCUGAGCUUUGGCCAUCCCCUGCAGUUACAGUGCAAGGGUGGUCACGGGCUGCAUUUGCGUCGGUCUACACCAGGGAUCUGCAACCUAUGGCACGCAGCUCGCCAGGGUAAGCACCGUGGCGGGCCGGGCCGGUUU